AUGGUAAUCCAGAACGUGAAAGCAGGAGCCCCGUGGCCGUUGACAUGUCAGGGGUAUGAUUCUGGAAGCGCCAAACCGAAGGAGCAGGUGCUGGCAGAGGCCAGUACUUUUGUCAGCACAAACGGUGGAGACCCCAGUGACCAGUUUUUAGUACUGGCUCACUGCAAACUUCAGUUUGGGAAGUACCAAGGCCAGAGAUUUAGAUGGCUCCUGGAAAACUCUCUGGGGUACGCAGUGUAUUUGGUACUCAGCAUUUCAAAUGAGAUGGCGCAGACAACCCCCCUGUCAGAAAAUAAACAACUGUUCCUACAGUACACUUCUCAUAUUAGAGAGAUGGCAGAAGAAGUGGAGAAGUAUGAGAGGAAGCAGGAAAUGCAAGCUGAAGCCCGGGCAGCUGGAGACCAGGGCUGCUUGAUGGUGGAGUUUGGUGACUUCCAGGGCCGGUCCAUGAAGGAUGUUUAUGAGGACCAGAGCAAGGAGGCCAAAGCCCUCCUCAGAUACCUGGUUAAGGCAGAUGCCAGGCCCAACACUAAAAUGGCCAUUUUUAAAAGCUAUGUCCUGAAAAGACAGGCUUCUGCUGUGGGCACCAGUGUACGUCAGCCUGCACCUCCAUCUGCAACAUCCAGUGCUCCUGCACCUCCACCCGCAGCCUCUAGUGCCUCUUCAUCUCCACCCACAGCCUCCACUACCUCUGCACCUCCACCUACAGCAAUCCAAACUGGUGUACAGCAGACCGCCACUGUGAAAGCGCUGUUGGCACGUGGCAAACAUUUGUCUCCUUCACAGCUGGCCAGAAAACUCCUGUCACCAGUUAAACCCUAUCUAUCACUGAAGGUCACUUUACCUCCUCCAGCAGAAGAACUCCCAGCCAAACAUUUGGCCGGAAGGCAGCUUCUCGUAACUGUAUUUACCACAUGA